AUGGCUUCAUCGUUCGGUGUGUGGGACUAUGUGGUGUUCAUCGCGAUGCUGCUCGUGUCCGCCGGAAUCGGAGUGUAUUAUCGGUUUUCCGGUGGCAAGCAGAAAACAAACACGGAGUACCUACUCGCGGAUCGCAACAUGUCGAUCUGGCCGGUAUCGUUCAGCUUGAUGGCCAGCUUCAUGUCCGCGAUCACGCUGCUGGGCGUGUCGAACGAAAACUAUCAGUUCGGCACACAGUUCGUGGCCAUCAACCUUUCAUACGGGCUGGCCACCCCGAUCGCGGCCUACCUCUUCCUGCCAGUAUUCUUCCGCCUGCAAGCCUGCAGUGCGUAUGAGUAUCUAGAGAAACGUUUCGGCAAAAAGACACGACUGGCUGCGUCGUUGGCGUACACGCUGCAGAUGAUUCUGUACAUGGGAAUUGCGGUGUACGCACCGGCCCUAGCCCUACAGGCUGUUACCGGGCUGGAUCAGGCCUAUUCGAUACUAGCGAUCGGUGGCAUCUGCACGUUCUACUCAACGAUCGGUGGCAUGAAGGCGGUCCUGUUUACUGACGUCUUUCAGUCGGUGCUAAUGUUUGCCGCCAUCUACGCGGUCAUUAUUUGCGCGGCCAUUAAAGCCGGCGGACUUGGACCGAUCUGGGACGCCGCGUCCGACGGUGGACGGUUGGAGAUUUGGAACUUCGAUCCGAACCCAACUACGCGCCAUACCUGGUGGACGUUGACAAUUGGUGGUAUGUUUACCUAUCUGUCGCUCUAUGCCGUCAACCAAACGCAAGUGCAACGGCUUAAAACGGUGAAGAAUUUAAAAUCUGCCCAGAAAGCACUGUGGCUAAACUGGCCCAUUCUGUCGCUGCUUAGCCUCAGCACAUCGUUCAGCGGGCUAGCGAUCUAUUACUUCUAUCGCAACUGUGAUCCCUUGAGGCAGGGCCGUAUUAAGGUGCGCGAUCAAACUAUGCCACUGUUCGUGGUCGAUGCUAUGGGUGAUAUGCCCGGUCUCCCCGGCCUGUUUGUGUCCGGUAUCUUCUCCGCCAGUCUGUCGACCGUAUCGGCAGCCCUCAACUCACUGGCGGCGGUUACGCUCGAGGAUUAUCUGAAACCACUGUACCUAAAGGUGAAGCGGAAACCAUUGCCCGACCUGCAGUCUAGCUUCCCGAGCAAGGUGAUGGCGUUCCUGUACGGUAUGAUCUGCAUCGCUGUGGCUUUUCUCGCGCAAAAGAUGGGCGGUGUGCUGCAGGCAUCGCUCACGAUUUUUGGCGUUGUCGGUGGACCACUGUUUGCGCUGUUUUCCAUGGGAAUGUUCACAACGCGUGCCAAUCAGCGGGGCGUGAUUACGGGAUUGCUAGUGGGGCUAUCAUUUUCGCUCUGGAUAGGCUUCGGGCAACCUAGACCACCGAUAAAAACGCUCGACUUCUCCGUGGAAGACUGUUCCGACUUCGGGGGUUUCAAUCAGACGAGCCUACCGCUGGCGAUGGCUCAGCGAGCCGCAGAACCGCGUGACGAUUCUGAUUACUUCUACCUUUACCGGGUGUCUUAUCUGUGGUUCAGUGUGCUUGGGUAUCUUGUGACGUUCAUCGUUGGCUACGGGACCAGCUUAUUACUGCGAUGGCGCGGUGCUCAGGGUACCGAGCGGAUCUACCUGGACGAGCAGCAAACCUAUAUAAACACAGACUUAUUUUCACCCCCGGUUGCCCGCGCCAUGAAGCAGCGGAUGGCAAAGUUUAUCGAAAACGGUGGAGAUAUUGACGCUACAACUAGGCAGCAUCACAGUAGUGUGGAGAUACCUACGGCUGCUAAGCAAGGUGCAAGUCCACUCUAAUUGCCAAUCAGACACCCUCUUAUUCCCAUCCCAUCCCUAUCAUUCAACGGCUGUGUAGGAUACAUGUGAUGUGUUCCACUCAUCAACAAGCGCACACAGAAAAUGCACAACGUGUGUGUCACCUGUAUCGCAAGCCAGCUUUGCGUUUCUCCUCGAUCCUUCAAAAGGAUCGCAACUCUAUGCACUGGCACGACGUAAGAACUGGCCUCCGGAUCCGGUUGGUGAAUGCGUUAAAGCUAAAAUGUGCUACAAAAUUUAAAGAAAACCAAACAAGUCUUCCAGUAGCGUGACACACUACCGAUUAAGCUACCAAGUAGAACACAAGAACAAAGUGUACAUGAGUGUGUAAGGAAGUUGUUAUGUACGCGCUGUGUGUUUGAAUGCGCAACAUUUCCUGCAACUAACGUUAAGCAACGACCUGAGACAAAUAAAUUAGCUAGUAAAUUAGAAGGCGUAUGACUGUAAACACGCGGUAGUAGCAAAUGCAAAUGUGCAGCACACGUAAACGUACUUCAUUGUUUAGUUUUGUUUAGUUGAUCGCCAGUAUAAGCUACGAAAGUGAAGUUAUAUAUGGUAGAGUUGUAAUUUAUACACCCGUUUGUAUGUGAUCGUUUGAUGUAUAUAAUAGAGGCAACAUAGUUGUGCAGCAGCGAAGAUCGCUUAGGAAAAUCAGGAAACAAUAGGAAAGUUAAACCAAUAUACACAAUGCGAACUGUAUUUCAUAAGACAAAAAUAAAACGAUACAU